AUGGGUUCGAUGAACAAGUGGUUGGGUUUCUCUCUCUCUUCACAGUCACAGCCGCCCCUUGCUCUCCCGCUUCCUUUCCUCUCCCACUCCCAGGGCAUUUCUGAUCCCACCAUCGUUGAUGAUGGCGAUGUUUCAGAUUGGAGGGUGAAGCGGGUGGGAGGAGAUGGAAGCUUCAAGCCAGUGAGCUCGGUGGUGGACCUAUCAGCAUCGGCUAUGCUCUUGGCCCAAACCCCAGUUGCUUAUGAUGAACAAUCCCACAAUAAGGUCGACAACUUCCUUGGGUGCAACCCCCUCACCUCUUCUUCUGAUCGCGACCACCUCCACCUCAACCACAACCACAACAAUGGCGGCUCCGGCUCGUCCUCCUCCAUGCUCGGCUUGUCCAUGAUCAAGUCCUGGCUGAGGACCCACCCUCCCAAUAGCCAUACUGGUACUAGUCUGGCUGGGACGGAGAUUGGUGAGCCAGCACAAGUGCUGUCACUUUCCACUGCUUCCGCUAGUGGCGGCGGUUGUGGUAUCGAUCACAGUGAUCCACAAAUGCAAACGGCCCCUCGUCCUCGUCCUCCUCAUCCUCCUCUUGACGUCUCUUCUACCGAUGAUACAGCAACCACUUUGUCCGCCGACUCCCUCCCUCGCAGAUCUGUCGACACUUUCGGACAGCGCACUUCCAUCUAUCGUGGCGUUACCAGGCAUAGAUGGACGGGGAGAUAUGAGGCUCAUCUUUGGGACAAUACCUGCCGUCGGGAAGGCCAAACUCGCAAGGGAAGGCAAGUUUAUCUGGGAGGUUAUGACAAGGAAGACAAGGCCGCCCGAGCUUACGAUUUAGCCGCUCUCAAAUACUGGGGCGCCACCACCACGACCAAUUUCCCAAUCAGCAACUACGAUAAAGAGUUGGAAGAGAUGAAGCACAUGACCAGGCAGGAGUUCAUAGCGUCGUUGCGAAGGAAGAGUAGCGGGUUUUCUCGCGGGGCAUCCAUUUAUAGAGGAGUGACCAGACACCACCAGCAUGGAAGGUGGCAAGCAAGAAUAGGAAGGGUUGCGGGGAACAAGGACCUUUACCUGGGCACUUUCAGUACCCAGGAGGAAGCAGCAGAGGCAUACGACAUAGCCGCCAUAAAGUUCAGGGGGCUGAACGCGGUGACCAAUUUCGACAUGAGCCGUUAUGACGUGAAGACCAUCCUGGAGAGCACCAACUUGCCCAUCGGAGCGGCCGCCAAGCGCUUGAAGGAAGCUGAACAGUCUACGGCCGCCAUUGCAGGGCACAUCACUCUCGGGGGAUCCCACGACCACCAUAACGGAUCACUCGGGGCUUUCUGGCCCCAUGCGGUGUUUAAAGGUGGUACUGCUGAUUAUGGGGAUUUCCUUCAUGCACAAGUGCAGGCGCAGGCGUGGAUGAUGAACAGCAAUAUGCAGAAUGCUAUGCAUCGGCAUCAUCAGUUGCCCUCACCAUAUGGAUAUGGCCAUGUGCAGAGGGCGUGGUCGUGCAAGCAAGAGCAGGAGGAUGAUUAUUGCUAUUCCAACUCCAGCAUCAUUAACACCACCCACAAUUUCUUCAACCACCAGCCUUCCUCUUCCAAUUCCCUACUGUUGAGUACCACCGACUCUUCCAACAACAACAUCGACUCCCCGAUAUCCCUGGAACACAGUUCAUCCUCCAACUCUCUUUUGUAUGGUGGUGGCGGAUUCAACAAUACAGCCGCAUACGGGAAUAGUAAUCAUUCUGGGCUUGGGAUCCCGGUGGGAACCCUCUUGGCUAGCAGCGGCAGCAGCCAUCAUCAUCAAAAUCAGCAUGCCGAGCAAUUCAGAGUGAACGGGGUUAAAGAUAAUGAUGGGGUAGUUAAAGUAACUGCGUAUGGUCAACAGAACCACAUUCAAGAUGAUGGCGGCCAUGAACAUUAUCAACAAAGCGGUGGAUACGAGCUGGGUUGGCUACCUAAUGCAGUGCCACCAACAACAACAGCAACACUCUUCUCCAGUAACAAUUGCGUGACGCAUCAGAUGGCGACAUCCCCUUUCACCGUGUGGAACGACACUUGAUAUGAGGCCAUCAUCAUGCUGCAUUUCACUUACCCUUUUCAGUUUGCGUUCGCUGUCUUUCGAUUAUUCUUAACUAAACCCUCCUCACCCUCAUCCGUCAUUCGCUAACAGAGAUGGAUCGAUGAUAGGACCCUUCCUUUCACUAGUCUUUCUUUCUUUCUUUCUUUCUCAAUUUUUUCGCGUUUAGUCGAUCAGGCUAACAUUCAGCUUUUAAAUGUGCACUUACAAGGGUCGCUCACUGAAGUUCAUGCAAUAGCAUCCGAGAGCUUAAUCGCCUUCCUCUCGCUCGAGCUCUCUCGUGCUAUAAUUUUGGGAAACUUCAGUUGGGCUGCAUGCAU